AUGCUAGACAACUUAAGGAUCCUACAAGUAAAUCUAAACAAGAGCGCACAAGCAAUAGAGAGCGCCUUGCAACUUGUAGUAGAACUAGUAAUUGUAAAGAAACCUAAGCUUAUUCCUGCUAGACAAUCUUCUUUAGAUUACUUAGACACACACUCUAUAAAUUACCCCUCCUUUACACAAAUCCUUCCUUUGUUACAAGAUUAUAGCAUAAGACCACGUGUUUUAGUCUACUCUGCACGCACUACACAAGCGCAAGUUACUAUAUUAGCAGACACUAACACACAAGGCAACACUACAAUAGAGAGAAAGCUCCUUAGCACCUCUAUCUUGCCCUCCGCCAUCCUGCUUGGCGACUUCAAUAUUAACCACCUAUAG